AUGGCUGAAAAUGAGAAGAUUAUCGAGGAGAUUUUGUAGGUUUCAUUUAUUUUUGGCUGAAAAUGUCUGAAAUUUUUGAAGGAAAAUGCAGGAGGAAUUGGAGAGGAAAAUGAGUGGAUCGAAUGAAAAAUUGGAGCAGAAAUUUGAAAAUUUGAGAGAGUUUGUGAGUUUUUUUGGGGAAAAAAUUUGAAUUGGGAAAAAUUUAAAUUUUGAAAAUUUUCCGCUAAAAAUCCACGUUUUAAACCCUCAAUUUUUUUUUUCGAAAAUCAAUUUUUUUCAAAAAAACAAGGCGAACUUUAAAAAUGUUCCCAGUUUAUAAAUAAAAUAUAUGCAAAUUCAAUUGAAAAUGUGCCCUUUUUGAAAAUAGAAAAAAAACGAGAAAACUUUUUUUUUGAAAAUAAAGUGUUUGUUGAUUUUUUAUUUGGGUUUCAAAAGAGGAUUUUUUGAAAAAUUAGAUUUCAAAUCUCAGAUCAAAAAAAAAUUUUAUUUAAAAAAUUUAUGAGUAGAUUUUGAAAAAAACGUGAAAUUUGAUAUCAGGUUGGAAAUUUAAUUCAAAAAAAUUAGUUUUGAAUUUUUUUUCAAAAUAAAAAAUUGUGCUCAUUUUUCAGUUUCCAGAAUCUCGUAUUUUAAUUAAUCAGAGCCCAGAUUUAAUGUGCCACGUGGCAUUUUCUGCACCAAAAGUUCCAAAAAUCGAUUUUCGGUCAUCUUUUUCGAUUUUGUCUUUGAAAAAUCAAAGAUUUCUCCUCUUUUUCCUUGUUUUUUUUUCUGUCCCAUUCAAAAUUACCCGAAUUUCCUCUCAAUUUCGCCAAUUCAAUUUUCCACAUGAUUUUUUUCUUUGUUUUUCAACUUUUUUUCUGUUUCUUCUUCUCAAAUUCCUCAUAAUCCUCUCCAAAUUUUUGAAUAUUAUUUUUUGGAGCCAAAAAAAGAAGAUUGGACUUUUAGUUUUUAUAAAAAUAAGAUGAAAACGGAAAAAAAGAAGAAGAAUAAAAGAAAAAGUAUCUUAUUUCAAUUUGACUUUUGGAAUUUGGGAGGGACCACUAAAACUGAAUGGAUUCUUGCUUUUUUUGUUCGGGAAAAGUUUAUUUUUGGACCCUUUUUUGCGAUAAAAUUAAAUAUUUUCAAAUUUAAAUUUGAUGGAAUUUAUCAGAAAAAAAUUUGAAAAUUUUGAGCCUAAGACACGAUUUUAGCAAUUUGGUUUUCUAGGCCACCAAGAAUUUUGAAAUCUGGUGUCUGAAAAUCCACGUAUUUUUAAAUACUCUCGGACAAUAUUAGAUUUUUCUGGUUUUUUUUUUCUCGAAAAUAUUUAUUUUUCUUUUUUUUUUUGAAGAAAUUGUUUAUUUUCAUUUUUCAUUUUGAAAAAAAAAAGUUUUUUGUUUUGAAAUUUUUCUGGAACAUUUUUGGCCCCAAAAUUUUAUUUUUCCGAAAAUAAAAUUCAAAUUCGUACUUUUCCCGCCCGCCUCAAUUUCACAUAAUAAUGCAUAAUACAUCUUCCCUUUUUUCCAAAUUUUUUUUUCGUUUUCCAAGAAAAAUUUCGCCAUAAAUAGUAAAUAUGUCAGUUUGCAUAAAUAUCAAAAACGUUUUCCUUUUUCACACCAAAAAUUUUUUUUGAAUUUUUUUCGUGAGAAAAAUGACCACAAAACUCAAAUUUUGGAGCUCAGAAAAGUUUUUUUUCAUAUUUUUGAGCCGAAGAAAAUUGGAUUUUCUCAAAAAAUGGAAUUUUUCGCCCUUUUUUGUCCUCAUUGAAAAGGUGACUUUUUGUAGUUUGAGAUGAGCUCGAAUUUGCCACGUGGUAUUUUUUCAAAAUUUUCCAGGAAAAAAAACGUGACCUUUUUUGACUCGUGACAAUUUUAUUUUCUGAUUUUUUUCAAAUUAAUUGUUCAUUUCUCAUUUUUCUUUUUCAAAAAAUGAAAUCUGGCUCACUUUUUCCUCUGGAUUUGUGAGUUUUUUUCAAUUCAAAAAAAUUCUGGCUAGAAAUACGGAACCCGGAUUUUUUUGGGUGGCCUAGAAAACCAAACAGAAUCUUUUGUUGUCCGAGAGAAAUACACCAAAAUUGGGAGGAAAACAUUUGUUGUUUUUGGUCGUGACCUAGAAAUUUCAGGGACUAGGAAUGUUGGUUUCUAGGCCAUCAUGUAUUUUUAUAAUCUCCUGAUUUGGUUUUCUAGUCCACCAGGUUUCUAGUUCUGCAGGGAAUCAAAAAAUUAAAAACUAUGAAAAAUAAUAAAAUACUUAUUCCCGCCAAUUUUUAGUGUAGUUCUCUCGGACAAACUUCAAUUUUUGUUGGUUUUCUAGGCCAGCCAAAAAAAAUCACUCAAUAAUUUCUCAAUUUAAUAACAUAGCAUGUGUUCCGAUUUUUCUUCCUCCCAUAAAUUUUUUUGAUCCGCGAAAAAAUAUUUCAACACAAACAACUAAUUUUGUUUGAUGAAACCAAAACAGUUGUUCAAAAAAUAAAUGGGAAUCCGGAUGAAAAAGCGCGGAGACCGCAAGCUUCCGCGAACGCGGAAUAGCUUUCUGGAUAUCCUAAAGAAGUUAGUGUAACUCCGAAGUUUCUAAAAAAAUCAAUAUUAGGUCCAAUAUUUGUUUCAUUAAUCUCUUUUUCUUCUAUUCUUUUUUUUCAUUUCAAAUUACUCAUUGUUUAUUUUAUCGACCCACGAAAAAGCUGUCAAAAAAUGUGUCAAAAAGUGUAUUUCUUGACGCAGUUUUGGGUCAUUCAAUGAAAAAUUUCAAAAUUUUUGUUCUGAAUUUGAAAAAAAAAUUAAAUUUUUUGUCCCGAAGUGUUUUUCUCAAUUUUCCCUCCCUAAAAGUGCAGACUUCCUGUAACUCAUAAAUUUCCCACAAAAUCUAUUUUUUGCAGACAAAUCGAGCCAAUGGUUAUAUUUCAAUUUUGAAGAGCAUUUCGAAGGAUGUCAUUGAGAUUUGUGAAAAAAUUGAGAAUUUGAAAAAACGCGCACGAAAAAUUGAGGAAAUUUGUUGAGAUUUUUGAGUGAAAAAAGUGAGUUGGGGGGAGGAAUUUGAAAUUUGAAAAUUGAAAUUCGGCGCGAAAAAUCCAUUUUUCAAAUACUUCAUUAUCGCGUCAAAACUUUGUACAAAAUUGAAAAAUUCAAAUUUAAAUUUUUCCCGCCUAAUUUUUUUGUGUGUAAUUCUCUCGGACAACAUUGUGAGCUUUAAAAAAAAAAGUUUGGUUUUCUAGGCCACCAAUAAUUUGGGAUUAGGCCACCAAUAAUUUGGGACUCUCAAAAAUCCCUUAAAUUGGAUUCUAGAUUAUUUUUACAGAAAAAUCACAUUUUUCAUGUUUCCAGAGCAAAUUUUGUGAUUCUAGGCCAUGUUUGGAUUUCUAGGCCACGCCAAAACCACUCAAUUUUCCCUCACAAAAACAUGUGUUCCUUCUCGAUUUUUUCGCCCAUAAAUUUUUGCUCAUUAAAUUUUUUGAUCCACUGUGUUUGUUAAAAGUGACACAACACAAAUUUUAACAAAUUUUUGCUGUUGUUGAAACAGUUGUUCUGAGACAAAAAAAAAAUGAAUUUUUGAACCCCGCAAAAUUUUUUUUGAAACUAGUGUUUUGUUUUUUUUUUUUUGAAAAAAAAGUCCCAAAAACCCAAUUUUCUGGCUCGUUUUUUUGUCUUUUUCUCGUUUCAAAUUAACUUUUUUUUGGCGUGAGCGGGAUUUUUUUGGAAACUGAACUUUUUUCGCGGAAAAAUUUGAAUUUUUGGACAAAUUUGGGUGUUUGGCCGAACUUCGGUGGCCUAGAAAUCCAGAAGUAAAACUUUCCGCCAAGAAUUCAAAUUUAAAAUGUUUCAAAUAUGCUCCACUGAGAAUUUUAAUUUAAAAUUCAAAUUUGGCCGAACUUUGAUGGCCUAGAAAUCCAAAAAUCCAAAAAUAAUGUUAUAUUGUCCGAGAGAACUACACAGAAAAAAAUGAGGCGGGAAUAAUUUGAAUUCAUUUUUUUUUUGAUAAAUUUUUUGCUGCUAAUUUUGAGAAUUUUUUUGUUCCCGCCCAUUUUUUUCACAAAAUUCAAAAUUUUCAUUUUUUCUCUCUCCGAAAAAAAUUAUAUUUUUUAUGUGCUUCUUUCUUUUUAUGAGGUGCCAAGGGGAAACCGGCCAAAAAUUGGUUGUUUUUAUUUUUUUAGGUUAAGUGUAUUACUUUUUGGCUUAGGCUUAGUACGGUUAGGCUAACCUGAAAAUUUGAAGCGGAAAUAUCUAAUUUUCAAAAAUUUUGUGAUCGAUUAGGCUUAAGCUGAAAAAAUUUUGAAAUUUCAGAUUUUGGCGCCAAAUUCUUCCGUGGUUUUUGAUUCUUGAUUUUCUCAAAAUUUAAAUUUUCAGAAAAAAUGUUUGUUUCUGAAAAUAUCAGAUAAGCCUUAUCUCAUCUUAUUUUUUCUCGUUUUUUAAAUGAAAAAAAAAGAAUUAUUUUGCACAAAAAAUAGAGCAAAAUAGAUUUUUCUAGAAAAUCCUGAAUUAUGAAAUUUAAAAAUUCAAAUCAAAAUUUUUCCCGGGUAAUUUUUGUGUAGUUCUCUUGGACAACUUGAGAUUUUUGGUUUUCUAGGCCACCAGAAUUCCCGCGAAAAAAAUUCAAAUUUAAAUUAUAUAUAUUGAACUUCUCACUGGAGCGCAUUUGAAACAUUUUCACCUAUUGUUCCCGCAAAUUUUUCCGUCAAAAAUGAAAUUGAGCGCGAAAUUUCUUCUUCGUUUCGUAACCAUGAAAUUAAGCGUUUUCUUCAUUCAUUCUUUUUUUGUUUAUUUUAUUUUUCGUGCGCAAAAAGAAGAAAAUAUGAGAUUUUCUCCAGCAAAAAUGAAAAUUCCCAUUAUUUUGAUUAAAUAAUAUAAACUUUUUCUCUUUUUUUUUGAGGAAUUUUAAAUUCAGGUCACGUUUGAGAGCAAAAAAGUUGUUUUUUGUGAGCAGAACUUUUUCCUAGAAUUUGUGAUCCUGCUAAAAAUUUGAAUUUCGAAAAUUCCCGCUAAAAAGCGCCUAAAUAUUCAUCUUCCCCUCGAGACCCAAUUCCUACAGUACCCCAAAUCAUUUUUCCCGCCAAAAUUCCUUAUUUUUUCCAGAUUUCCUUCUUCAAAUUUCCACAAAAAUGCUCUUCUUCAUCUCAAAACUUCAAAUUCCCAUCAUUUUUUGCUCAUUUCUCAUUCAAUUUUCAUUUCCAAAUCCAUUAAUGUGUAUGCAAUGUGGCGGUGGAUAUUAUGAGGGAAAUGUUAGCCUAACUAAAGACAAAUGCUGUAAUUCACAACCAAUUCAAUGCGAACAUGGACAGGUUUGUGUUUUGGGGCUGAAAAUCUGGAAAAUUCAUCAAAUUCUGGUUAUUUUGACUGUAAACAUUCCUAUUUUCAUUCAAAAAGCGAUUUUUUCGUGGCAAGACCUAAAUUGGGUCUCGAAACGAUGUUUCAAGGAACAUAGACCUUGAAAAUUUGAAAAUUCAUGAAAUUCUGGUUAUUUUGACUGUGUUCCUUCAAAACCCGAUUUUUUCCGUUGCUUGAAAAAAUACGUUUCAAAAAUUCUUGAAAAAAAGCAGUACAUCAAAAUAUUUUAUUCCGCUUGAUUUUGGGGUUGAAAUUUAAAAAAAAAACUAAUAUUUUAUGGUCUCGCACUGGAAUUUCGAGGAACAUGGUUGCGAAAAUCAAAAACUUCAUGAAAUUCUGGUUAUUUUGAGUGUAAACAUGCCUAUGUUCCUUUAAAAUAGUGGUUUUCGUGGUGAGACCAAAUCCAGAGAAAUUUGAAUGUUCCUUUGAAGUUUGGGUCUUGCCAUGAGAAUUUUGAUCUGAAAAAGAGCCGCGUCUAGAAAGCCUAGGGGCGACGACUUGAGAUCGUGUACGUCAAGCAGCCUAGACGCCUUGAGAGCUUCUGUGUCAAGAAGCCGUGCCUAGAAAUCCUAGUUCUCAAGGAUCAGCGUCUUGAGAUGAUAUUUCUUAAGUAGCCACACCUAGAGAACCUAACUGUCUAGAACUCACAUCUAGAGAUCCCUUCUGGCAAGCAGCCACCCCUUUAGAGCCUAUUUCUCAAGCAACUCCACCUUCACCCUCUCAUUUUCCUAUUUUUAUUCCAGAUCUGCCUCCGUGCCUGGGUUUUCUCGCCCUAUGGCAAUUUCUUUUUAUCCGGUUGUCAUCCUGAUGAAAAUAGUCGAGAUGGUUGCGAAUUCCACAUUUUACCCCACAAUUCAACUGUUCAACGAUGUAUUUGUCGAGAUGAUGAAUGUCAGAACUCAUUUCCCGGAGAUUGUCAAAUGAAUGAAAAUAUUGGAGAUAUUGUUACUACGGUAGGUGAUUUUUGGGAGGGAUGUUGGGGAAAAUUUGAAUUUUUACAUGAAACAUUUGAAUUUUUGAAUUUCCCGCCAAAAAUUCACGCGGAAGGAAAAAUUCAAAAUGAAACACGCAGCGCGUGACCGCAACGCACCCAACGACAUUCCCCCAAUUCCUCCUAAUUUCCAGACACCUCGCCCUCUUCGAAUUUCAUCUCCACCUUCAUUAUCCGCCAGAUUAUCGCACAUCUCAUCAGAUUCCCCCACAAAAUCCACACAUUUCAAUAUAACUGCCAAAAUAUCCACGAAUUCGAAUUCGAAUUCGAAAUUAAAUCGUGGCCGACAACAUCACAGUCAUCGAGUCAAUUUUUCGCCCAAAAAUUGUGUUUUCACCCUAUUUUUCACAUUUUUCUUGUCAUUUUCCAUUUUUCUAGUCUGAAACCCUCAAAAUUUAAAGUCACAUUUUUCUACCAUCGAAGUAUUUUUCGUCUUCUAAUCAUUUUUACGUGUAUUUUUUGAUUUUGUAUUUAAAAUGAAGUAUUAUUGAUUUUUUGAAAAUACGGGGUACUGUAUCUUGAGAAAUGUGCAAACACUGCAACUUUUGCGGACUUGGCAUUUUAAAUUACGCGCACGUUUUUUUGUUUUUUUUGUUUUGAACCGCGCGAAAAUAGACGUAGAACUGUAGCUCCAGAAAUCUGCAAACACUGAGCAUUUCGCAUUUCCACCGUUCCUCCAUGAAAAAUCAAUAUUUUCAGUAAAAAUGGAAGCUCCGCCAGCAAAGCGACAGAAAUCGACUAAAGAAAACAAAGAAGAAAAUAUAUGGGAAAAGCUGCCGAAACACCUGAAAAUUCAAAUCAGCGAUAUAAACUCGAACAAAUUUUGCGACGAAAUUCGCUUCUCACAUUAUCAAUUGGAUGAAUAUGAUCGAGCGGCUCUCAAUUUCUAUCACUCAAAUCGUUUGUUGUUUUAUUUGGAAUUCAAAAAACCGCUCACAACUCCAAUGACUACGAUUUGCUGUUUUAGUAAAGAAGAAGAACAUCGGGAGAAAGUUACGAAUUGGAAAUCGGAUGAGAAAAUAAAAUCGGGACAUUAUUCGAUUUUAUGCUGGAAGAAUGUGAAAUUUGGGCAGUUUUAUGAAAUUGUUGGUGGAUUUGUUAAUCGAUAUUUGGAAGAAUUGAAGAAUUGUGUGAAAUCGAUUCAUAUUGAGACGAAAAAUGUUAGGAUUUUUAUAUUGUUUAUCAAAAAUCAAUUUUUUUUAUUUCAGCAGACUGGUUUUAUGCUUCUCAACGUCAUUAGAAUCCGAAACUUUCUAAAUCUCGAUGUUUUGCUGAUUCAACACGAUGGUUUGCAAAAUCAAUGUCUUCUCGAACUUGGCACCAUCGAUUUUCUCACAAUUUCCCGUGUUCAAAAAUCUCUUGUAAUUCCAUUCAUCAAAUUAGAAAUGUUUCAAAUGAUUCAAUUAAAAGCCGAAUGGAUUCAAUUAUUUCUCGUUGAUUUCAACACAAUUCAACUUUCUCAAAUAUUUUAUUAUUGGAAAUCGAAUGGAUUUGAUGGAAAUGUGAAGAAACUUCGAGUUGGAGGAGAAUUUUCGAUGAAACCUUAUAAGGGAUUGAAAAAAUGGGUUGAAAAUCAAUCGAUCAAACCGGGAACUUGUUUUUUGCCAAUUGGUGAUGAUUUUGGUCAGAGAUUUCCGGAUGUUAUUUCAAGAUUUUCUGAAAAUGAAGUGCAUUCUUUGAAUGCUGAAAGAAGUGAAGGAUUUGCAAUUCUUUAUAGAUUUUAA